CUCAUGUCAUCUCUAGACGGUGUCAAGACAACGCCGGCGGGGAGUAUGGUUCAGGAAUGGUUAGGUUCGGUAUGUGUACAACGCGUACGGAAUUGCAGAAACGGUGGGCAGAGUAUGGCUGGGGCGUACUCAGAAAGCCCAAGGGCCGCACGUUAGUCGAUUAGCCCGCCGGCAGCAAGGCAGACAGACGACGCCCCAGAGGCGUUAAGCCAGUUCCAGCUUGUCGACUAGCUGAGCCUAGAUUCAUCCUCGCUACCCGGCACACCAGCAAAGCCACCUGAGGCUAUGCAUGAAUCAUUAUACCUUCCUAUCUAGCCACCGAAUCUGACCUCCGAGCGAUCCUGCUGUCGACCUCGCCUCCCCAUACCGCCACAUGGAUCGUCGCUCGCCAGUUCACUGGAACAGUUCGUCCCGCAGACGUUCCCCCUCGUCAUACCUUCCAACCCCCUGUACGGUUUGUCAUCAUCUCGACCUGCUUCAUCAACCUGCUCGUUAACCUUCUCGUCAUCUUACCUCCCAUCAUCAUAUCUCCCUCCGUGACAUUCAUCUCCUGGGCACAUCACCACCGCGCCCAACGUGUCCCGCUGUCUGCGCCCGCCAUCUGCCUUCCAUCUACGAUUCGCAGCUGCUGACCGCUUCUCCUCGCCAUGGCUAUCGUACCGAUUUCCAGCCACGUGAGGUCUCCCGACUCCGGGCAAAAGGAUAGCCGUAGCGAACCACCGCCGCAGUAUACUGCUUUCGCUGAAACUGGCCAGUUACUUCCAAGCGUUGUCGACGAGCUGACAUCGGCCUUUUCUGCCCUCGAGCUCCCGUCGCAGACCCAGGGUGUGAACCCCGACACCUGCCUGGUCCACCUUAAGCUUCUUGCCGCCUUCAGCAACUUGAAGGAGGAAGUGGGGUCCAACGACGGCCCCUGGGGCCUCUAUGAUGCGAGCAUAACCUCCGGGGGCAAAGGGAAAUCUGCAACCACCCCAAACGACCAAAAACGCGAUGACGAGACCCGUGCCGGCUUGGCAAAACUCCGGGAGAAGCGGUGGGCGCUUUUCGUUGCGAGGGCCGCGGACCGAUACGAAUCCUGGUGGAGCAAACUCUCGACGAGCCGACUUACCGCUUUCGACCUGGACGAGAACUCCGAGGCGUACGGCACGUUUGCUUCCAGCGGCAAUGCGCUUUCGUGGACCGAAAAUAUGCUGCCACCCCUGGAUGUCCUGAUGGUAUGGCACGCCCAUAUGCUGAACCCCAAGGCGUAUCUCGAGGACUGCCUGCUGUAUUGCCUCAACGGACUCUGGACGGCGGGUAUGCCAUGGAAGCUUAUUAACGAAGCCAUCGAUACCAACUUCAACUACAACGUCUCGCAAGAAUGCAAGAACGCUUGGGAGAACAUCGUUGGCCGCAGGUGGGACAACGCUGAAGACCCGACCACCAAGGCACUCGAAUGCCCCUCUUGCUUCGAGACCAACGGUGUACCGUGGACUACCUGUGGCCUGUCUGAAGAUGGUGAUAGCGGCGACACCAGCCUCGAAGGCGUAGGUUACGGGGACGGAACCUUCGUAUACGAUUGUCGCAAGUGCGGUAAGGUUCUCACGAGGGAGUUUCUCGAGGUCGGGAGGUUGGCGAAGGAUGUACGACAUCUUCUCGUCUACAACCGGCCCAUGCCGGGCACCAUACUAGACAAGCAGACGGGGAUGCCGGAGAAGAUGCCUACCGAACCUCUGAUGAAGGCCAGGUUAGGUCGGACGUUCCCGAAUAGGUUGAUCCAGAACCACCUCCAUGGCCAGAUACAGCAACUGGUUAAGCCUGGGACGUUUCCGACGCCGUCGAUGGAUACCGUCCGUCUCCUGGUAGACGAGGCCAUGAAGGACGAAAAUAUUAUGAAACAGGUAGAUGGGGUGGCGGGGAGCGAUGCUUUGAAGAGCUAUCGCCUCGGUAUGUUGGCCCGCAUACACACGCGCAGGAUGCUAUCGCGUUACCGGGGAAAUUCUUCGCCUUUUGCCCUCGAGCUAAGUGGCGCGGUGCUACGGCAAGGUGUCUUCACAGAAAAGAUGAUGAAGAUCGACUGGCUACACAGUCCCGCGGCGCGCGAGACGAUGGAUCGCCUGAUCGGAAAAUAUCAGCGUUUCGUACUGAUCAUGGGGCGAUACCCCAAAUCUACCGCUGUCCCAACCCUCGACGUCGACCUGGCCUGGCAUACGCACCAGCUGAGCCCCGCUCUGUAUGCCCAUGCCAUGUUGUCCAAGACACGACGGCUGAUCGACCACGACGACAAGAUCGACGAGAGUAAGCUUAGCACCGCCUUUGAAUGGACCAGUAAGGUGUACCAGCAAAUUUACGGCGAGGUGUACUCCGAGUGCACGUGCUGGUACUGUGAGAGCAUCCGGGCGUCGCAUAUAUCGUCUAUAGGGAGUAUGUUGGGAGUGUCGCAGAACGAAAAGAGUAUGUGUUUUUUUAUCGUAUCCGAGAACUUUUACAAGUCAGGCCGCGCAGAGCUCUGCCCACCGGGCAACUCGGCACACAUAUCAGCACACAAUGCUGUGCGCAUGAACGUCGCGGACGUGCACCAGAACGCCGUACGCCGCCGCCAGAGCCUCGCGCACCAGUAUCAUCUUAACCUGAACUACGACCGUGCGCAGCGCCGUGCGCGCCGCAAGGGCCGCGACCUGCCGCCGAGGGAGGAGUAUUAUACGUCCUACUGGGGGCAACCGUACAUGAUCUACGGCCCGUAUAUGUCUCCCGUGUAUCCUGCACCCAGUCUCUAUCCCAACGGGGACCCGGGGACAGACUCGUGCGUGGACGGCCACAACGGUGGAUGUGGCGGAGGGUGCGGCGGAGGAUGUGGAGGGGGGUGUGGCGGCGACUAGACUCAUUCCGGAGUCUGCUCGACAGCUGCUGGCUCGCGAAAAUGCAUAGCCGGCUUGGACGAGGUUGAUUACGGAGGUUUGCUCGGAUACGGAGAGGAGGACAUCGUUGCGCACGUGUAUAGCGUGCCGGGCCUAACUGCCUACCGAAAGAUAACCAACGAAGCGCCCAUAAAGUUGUC